UGAUGAAAACACACAGGUAGAUCUGCAACCGCCAGGGCUUGGUCGGUCUCUUCUACGACUCAACUGUGUGUACGUGCGUACGCGUGCCCACAACCGCCGGACGUCGAGCUAAACCUGCCCACUGUGAGCUUCUCCACCUUCGUCUAAAGAAGAGAGAAAUUUAAGACGACCAGGAGAGAUUUAAAGAGAUAUCUGUGUAGGACAAGUCGCCAUUGUUUGCCAAGAUGUAUACAAGCGCUGAGACCGAGGAGAGAGAUGAAUUAGCGGGCGCUGAUCGGGAAGAGACGCAGGAGAAGAUCACCGUGCCGCCGGGAGUAGAGGAGGCGGGCGCUAACGGGAACGAUCCCGACUGUAGCGAUGAGGAGGAUCCCUGCUGCGGCGUGCACGACAAGAAAAGGAGGAAAGGGAUCAAAAAGCUGGUGACUGUGUAUGAAGGAAGCUUUCUACAAGCAGAGGAAGAACUAAAGACAGUUGGAGUGUGUAUGGUGUCACUACUGGUGUUCGUGGUUCCUUCAGUCAUCGUGGUCAUCGCAGGCUCCUCCCACCUGCACGAGUGUGCGGACAGACCCAUGGUUCCCCUGCUGCUGAUCACCGGGGGCGCCAUCGGGCUGCUGAAGGGGCUGUUCGGGAUCUGCUGUGAGACCAGGGCACCCACCGUCAAGCCGGGCGGAGAGGUGGCCUGUCCCUCCAUCCGCUGUGUGGCCAAGGUGCAGGCUUUUCACCUAAUUCCCUUUGACACAUAG